AACAGAACACACACAGGAUGACUGGACUUCAAAGAAGCAUUCUUUUCGGACUUCAGAUCCUGGUCCUGUUAAUCGCGCUUGAUGGUGGAGUAGCCAACGCUGCCGCUACCAAAACCAAACGCGUCACUACUACUACCACCAAAAAACCCACUACAACCAAACCCCCAACUACUACCACCCCAAAGAAAACCACUACUACUAAACCCCCCACUACUACCACUACGAAAACCACCACAGGAAAAACCACGACUACCAAACCAACCAUCCCAGGCCAAACCACGACUACCAAACCAACCACCACCAUACCAACAACACAAACUCCCAAAAUUCUACAAUGCACAUCAGUAGAUUUCAUGAGUUUGCAGAACAAGUGCUGCUCUCCGCCCGCUAACAAUUUGCUUGCGACCUCAUACAACAAGACAAUAGAAACCACUUGCCAAAACUUUGGCGUCGACAACUCUGUGUUCAACGUUUUUGUCCUCAACAAGCUGCAAAAUAUUCUGAAAAACAACACCGUGAACCGAACCGAUCUUUUCAACUUAGCAGCGCAACUCGGCCAAUCUGCUUGCUACAUUGAAUGCUACCUCAACCAAUCCGGAGCUAUUGAUAGCAACGGAACUAUUAGUGUUGAUGCGUUGACCGCCCUGCUGAUCGCCAAUCAAGACCCCAAUGGCCCCUUGGGAUAAAAUUAUUAAAAGGGUAGUUGGCCAGUGCUCGGACGCGAUGACCCAGUUGUCUCUGACGGCAAUCAUUCCACCUAGCCUGAUCGGUUGCAAUGUAACCGGUGGACUCAUAACGCAGUGUGUUCUAGCUUCAAUCGUUGAUCAAUGCCCAUCUAGAGUAACGAGCGCUGCCUGCGACACUGACUACGCUCAGUAUAAAGAGUGCACACAAUUGCUCUCGAUCAGCUAGAGCGGUAUAUAAGGUGUUAAAUGCCUGAAAAUCUGUGUAUUUGGCGCACAAUUGGCAAAUAAAUAUACGAUAUGAUUGGACG